AUGAGCGACGACGGAGACAAAUCAACGCCGGCGCCGGCGAAACUUGGCGACGAGCAAUUAGCAGAACGCCGUGAGAUUUUCCGUUCAUUUGACCAGAACAAAGACGGAAGUUUAACGGAGCUAGAAUUAGCCUCACUUCUAAGAUCUCUCGGUUUAGAACCGAGUCAAGACCAACUCGAUACUCUGAUUCAAAAUGCAGAUCGGAAUAACAGCGGAAUGAUCGAGUUCUCCGAAUUCGUGGCUCUGGUCGAGCCAGAUCUACUUCUGCUGCAUUUGAUAAUUAAAGAAGCAGAUCGUGACGGUGAUGGUUGUAUUGAUUUCGAUGAGUUUGUUCAAGCGAUUACUUCUGCUGCAUAUGAUAAUGCUUGGGGUUGA